AUGGUGCUUCGGACGACCCUGCCGAGGCGCCUUACCCUCGUUCCUCAGAACGCCGCGAGACGGCUGCGAACACAACCUGCCCGAAGGUUAUGGACCACAAAUCCCGCGUGGCAAUCCUCUGCCGCCGCCGCCGCCGCCGCCCCUGCCGUCGUCACCCAGAGCCGACGAGUGCCCACCUCAUGCUCCUCUAAUGCCCGACCACACACCCUCGCCGCCUUUUCCACAUCAUCACGCGCACUCAAAGAAGACAAGGACAAAGACCAAGGCUUCUUCGACCGCUCCGUCGAGUCCCUGUCCGAAGACGAGAAGAAGGCCAAUCUAGAGAACCAACGCGACCUGGAAGACGAGCUGGCCGAGGCAUCCAAGGGACCAGCAUCAGGAUCCGCCGCCGAUGCCGCCGCUAAGAGCGAGGGUGCCGCCGAUGGCAAGGCCGGCAGCGCGGCAGGCGGCUCCUCCGGCUCUUCGGGUGAUGGAUCUGGGUCUGGCUCCGGUGACGGUGGCCGCCGCGGCCGCAAGUCCGCCGAGCGCAGCCUGCAGAAGCCUGUCGUGCCCGACGUCUACCCCCAGGUCCUCGCCAUCCCCAUCGCGAAGCGACCUCUUUUCCCCGGAUUCUACAAGGCCAUCACCAUCAAGGACCCCAACGUGGCUGCUGCCAUUACCGAGAUGAUCAAGCGUGGCCAGCCAUACGUUGGUGCCUUCCUCUUCAAGGACGAGAACGCCGACGAGGAUGUCAUUCGUAAUCCCGACGACGUCUACGACACCGGUGUCUUCGCCCAGAUCACAAGCGCCUUUCCGAUGCACGGCGAGCAGGGCAGUCUGACCGCCAUCCUAUACCCUCACCGCCGAAUUCGUCUCUCUAGCCUCCUGCCGCCCAACGUGAAGGAAGGCGAUGCAGCCACUAAGGUGAGCGAGGCCAAGGUUGACCCCGUGGCCGCCACCCCGGAACCGAUCCCCCAGAAGCCCGUUGAGGACGACGUUCAGACCGACAAGAAGGGCGACGUUGUUGCUUCCUUUGAGGAGAGCGCUGUCAGCCCGGCCAAGCCCGACGCAGUCGCCGAAAAGUACGAGCCUACCGCGUUCCUUAAGCGUUACGACGUUAGCCUCGUCAACGUCGAGAACCUGACCGAGGAACCCUACGAUCCCAAGUCUGCCGUCAUCCGUGCCGUCACGAACGAGAUUGUCAACGUCUUCAAAGAGGUUGCCACCAUGAACAGCCUCUUUCGCGAUCAGAUUUCCACCUUCUCCAUGAGCCAGUCGACGGGCAACGUUACGUCCGAGCCCGCCAAGCUCGCCGACUUUGCUGCGGCGGUCUCGUCCGGCGAACAGGGUGAACUGCAAGAAGUCUUGUCGUCGCUCAACGUUGAGGAGCGCAUGCAAAAGGCCCUGAUCGUCCUCAAGAAGGAGCUCAUGAAUGCCCAGCUGCAGUCCAAGAUCACCAAGGAUGUCGAGAGCAAGAUCACAAAGCGCCAGCGCGAAUACUGGCUCAUGGAGCAGAUGAAGGGCAUUCGCCGCGAGCUCGGACUCGAGUCGGAUGGCAAGGAUAAGCUCGUGGAAAAGUUCAAGGAGAAGGCCGACAAGCUGGCUAUGCCCGACGCCGUCCGCAAGGUCUUUGACGACGAGAUCAACAAGCUCGCUCAUCUCGAGCCUGCCGCCUCCGAGUUCAACGUGACGCGGAACUACCUGGACUGGCUGACCCAGAUCCCUUGGGGCCAACGCAGUGCCGAGAACUUUGGCAUCAAAAAUGCCAUGUCAGUCCUCGAUGAGGAUCACUACGGCCUCAAAGAUGUCAAGGACCGUAUUCUCGAGUUCAUCGCCGUCGGCAAGUUGCGCGGCACUGUCGAGGGUAAGAUCCUCUGCUUCGUCGGCCCUCCCGGCGUUGGCAAAACGUCCAUCGGCAAGUCCAUCGCCCGCGCGCUGAACCGCCAGUACUACCGCUUCAGUGUCGGUGGCCUCACCGACGUUGCUGAGAUCAAGGGCCACCGUCGAACCUACGUCGGUGCGCUGCCCGGCCGCAUCAUCCAAGCCUUGAAGAAGUGCCAGACGGAGAACCCCCUGAUCCUCAUUGACGAGAUUGACAAGAUUGGGCGCGGCUACCAGGGAGACCCUUCUUCGGCCCUGCUAGAGCUUCUCGACCCGGAGCAGAACAGCUCCUUCCUCGACCACUACAUGGAUGUGCCCGUCGAUCUGUCCAAGGUUCUCUUCGUCUGCACUGCCAACAUGACCGACACGAUCCCCCGUCCCCUGCUCGACCGCAUGGAGCUCAUUCAGCUCUCCGGCUACGUUGCCGACGAGAAGAUGGCCAUCGCCGAGCGCUACCUGGCUCCCGCCGCCAAAGAGGCCGCUGGCCUGCAGAAUGCCGACGUGACCCUCUCGGAGGAGGCUAUUGAGGAGCUCAUCAAGUCGUACGCCCGUGAGUCUGGCGUGCGCAACCUCAAGAAGCAGAUUGAGAAGGUCUACCGCAAAUCUGCCCUGAAAAUUGUUCAGGACGUUGGUGAGGAGGUCCUCCCCGAGUCUGAGGCUCUGACCAGCGAUGGCAAGGAGGCCCUCGAGGCCUCGGAGAAGAAGGCCGACGAGGCUGCUGACGCCGACCCCGUGCCCACCGAGAAGCCCCGUGUUCCCCUCAACGUGCCCGAAUCGGUCCACGUCACCAUCAACAAGGCCAACCUGACCGACUACGUCGGGCCGCCGGUCUUCACUUCCGACCGCCUGUACGAAGUUAACCCGGCUGGUGUAGCCAUGGGCCUCGCGUGGACCCAGAUGGGCGGUGCCGCCAUGUACAUCGAGUCGAUCCUGCAGUCGGCCCUCAAGCCCAGCAGUCGGCCGUCCUUUGAGGUGACGGGCAACCUGCAGUCUGUCAUGAAGGAGUCGUCUACAAUCGCCUACUCGUUCGCCAAGUCCCUGAUGGCUCGCGACUUCCCUGGCAACAACUUCUUCGACAAGGCCAAGCUGCACCUGCACGUCCCCGACGGCGCCGUCUCCAAGGACGGCCCCUCUGCCGGUAUCACUAUGGCCACGUCGCUGCUGUCGCUCGCCCUCGAGGCCAAGGUCGACCCCACCGUCGCCAUGACGGGCGAGCUCACGCUGACGGGCAAGGUCCUGCGCAUCGGCGGCCUACGCGAGAAGACGGUGGCCGCGCGCCGCGCCGGCUGCAAGAUGAUCAUCUUCCCCAAGGACAACAUGUCCGACUGGCUCGAGCUGCCAGAG